AUGAUCAGGGUUCUGUUGGCUGAAAACGUGUGUGUACCUGAGAGGUCUGAAACCAUCCUGGAGGCUCGUCUGGACGUAAGUGUGGGCAGCGGAAAGGUGGUAAUCUUCGAGCCCGAAAUACACGAUGAGAAAGACCUGUUGCGUGUUGAUGAAGUUGUGCCAGUCAGGGUCAUGAAUGUCAAUUACUUUCCCAUGACCUUGAAGAAAGGAACAAUGCUGGGGAGCUGUUCGUCCAUUUCCUCUGUAAUACGGAGUGUACACAGUUCGGUUAGCCAAGCCAACAACUUGCCUACAGGGUUGAAGAAGUUUAAUGACAUUUCAUACAAGGACAUACCACCAACUCACCUAUCAAAAUUGAGGCAGUUAGUCAAGAAGUCCCAGAAAAUCUUCGAUAUUGGAGAAGAAAAAGGCGGCAGAACAAAUGUGGUUCAGCAUAGGAUCCACACUGGGAAUGCUAGACCAAUCCGGCAAUCAGCUAGAAGACUUCCUUUUGCCAAGAAAGAAGAGGCAGGCAAGAUAGUCACCGAUAUGGGAAAAGAAGGAUUAAUCGAACCUUCUGACAGCCCCGGUUUUCCCCACUCGUACUAG